GAGCAAACCACGCCCGCGCCCCACCGCCCGGCCGAGCCGGCUCGGCUGAGGGUUCGGUCCCCUCAGGGCACCGGCGUUAACUGCCCGUGUCGGUGCCGCUCUCCCCGACCCCGCCGGCCGCCACCUCCUCAGGGCGACGGGGCGGGGCGCCCGCCCGGCCUCACCUACCUCCCACCGCGCCGCUGCCGCCGCUGCCGCCUGCGCGAAAAGGCCGCGCGCCACCGGCGGCACGGCAGCCAAUGAGGAAUCUCGCUCGCCCUUCCGUAUCGCCUUCCUCCGGCCGCUGCUGCCAAUCGCGGUCGUUCCCCUUGCCACCCGCCAAUCCCGGCACUGCUCCUGCUCGUGCCCCUGAAGGGGCGCUUCCGCCCGGCCCGGCCCGGCCCGCCGGAAGUGUGAUGUGGCCGAGAGCGGGUCGCCAUGUCUGCCAUCUUCAACUUUCAGAGUCUACUGACUGUAAUCUUGCUGCUUAUAUGCACCUGUGCCUAUAUCAGAUCCUUGGCUCCCAGCUUACUGGACAAAAAUAAAACUGGACUGUUGGGAAUAUUCUGGAAAUGCGCCAGGAUUGGUGAACGGAAGAGCCCUUACGUGGCUGUGUGCUGUGUUGUGAUGGCCUUCAGCAUUCUGUUUGUACAGUAGCAACUGGAGAGUGUCCUCUACGCCCUUCUAGCAAACAUCAGAGCAUGGAAGAACUUCUGGCAGGGGAAGAUGGGAAAGGGUCAUCAAGUCUCCUCUCACACAUUGGAUAGCCUGCCUCUUAAUGGACACUCCCUCUCCUGCUAACAGACCAUCAUGUACAGUCUUAGUGAUCGUAAUGCAACUAACUCCAGGUGACACAUGCUCAUUAAUGUCAAGGCAGUACUGAUACUCCUGAUGUAAUUCUUGAGAGAGUGUCUGCUGUAUAUCUCAGCUUUAUGGAAAUUUUUUUUGCAGUUGAAAAGUUGGUGGGUUCUUUUGUUUGUUUUUUUUUUUAAUAGACCUAUUUAAUGAAACUUCAAAAUAAUAAAUGUAGCAAUAGCAAUAAGACCAUUCAUACAAGAAUAAAAAUCAUUGUGACUUUUAGGAUAUGUUUUAUGACUGUAUUUUCAGUUCUUACUGCCUGAACAAUUCCUGACAUUUUGUGAUAGCUGUACUCACAUAUUAAAAAUAGGAUCUAUGGCCUAAGUUUUUAUUCAGCUUUUGUUUUUUAAACUUGUCGUUCCUCAAAUUAUGUUUCAAUAUUUUUAUUUUUAAGACAAAAUAUGAAUAAAGGCACGGAUCAGGAUUGUAGAGAUGUAUGACUAGCUGCUGAGAAGGCACAGACAUGGGAUUUGACAGCUUGGACUGCUCUGUGUAAAAUAUCAUAUGUAUUCGGUUUUAGAGAUCUAGGUCUUGGGUAAAUCUUGGGUAGAUUGGUUUGGGUUGGAAGGGACCUUAAAGCUCAUCCAGUUCCACCCCAGCAUGCAGAGACACCUUCCACUAGACCAGGUUGCUCAAGGCCUGGCCUUGAAGAUUCCCCAACUUCAGUAUUGUGAGAACAGGUUUCUAAACCCUCUGCUGCUGCUGUUCCAUGUUAUGUAGAGUUGCUAAAUCAGCUAAGUGAACAGUUAGCUUCUUAGGGGGUCUACGGAUAAGGAGGUUGCGUGUCCCAGUAUUCAAAAGGUGGAAGAAAACAACUAAAUGAGAUUACACUCAUUGUUAAUUAGGAUUAAAUUACCUUUAGUAAUACUUUCCAUUACCAUUCAUUCUAUAAUUUUGCAAACUUUUAGUAGUCUAGUAACUUACUUUAAUAAUGCCCAACAGGUGUGUUUACUCCAGAUAACAGUAUGGGUUCUUACUGACUGCAUUUGAGUUGUCUGUUAGCAGUAUUUUUUUUUUUUUUUUGUUGCUCUGAAAAGUUAUGUGAUCAGAAUGAGCUAAGCUGGCAAUAAAACACACUGAAAGGCA